UGCCAAGCCAGGUCGUGAUUGACGCGCUUUCACGCGUUCGCUUCAACCUUCAACCAUGGUGAUCACGACUUUCGCCUUUCUAAUGAGUUUGAACGACAACCAUUUUACUAACAUUGUCGCAUUCUCCACUCCCACCUGCAUACUACAGUAACGCCCUUCCGAGGACUCGCAAUGCCCCCAAGAAAGAGUAAUAUCUCCGCCGUGUCGCCAGAGGAGCCAGCAAAGGCUGCGUCCAAAGAAGACGGACUGAGUGUUGAAGAACUUAAUCUUCCAAAAUCAAUUGUGCAGCGACUUGCGAAGGGCGUCCUCCCACCGAACACACAGAUACAGAAAGAUGCGCUCCUGGCUAUGUCCAAGAGCGCAACCGUCUUUGUCAAUUAUCUUACACAUUAUGCAGCUGAGAACGCCGCGAGGAGUAAUAAGAAGACGGUCAUGCCCAAGGACGUAUUCGAUGCUAUGCAAGAGCUAGAGUUCGAGUCUUUUCUGCCUCGCCUUGAAGCCGAAGUCGCUAAAUUCACCUCCAUCCAGGCCGAUAAGCGCAACUCGUACCGCAAGAAAGUCCGGGAGGAGAAGAAAGCGCAGAAGGAUACCAGCGAGGGCAAGCCUCGAGCUGCGAAUGGACACGCCGCUGGCGUCGACGACUCACCACCCGCAAAGCGAGCCAGACGAUCGAGUGUGGAUAACGGGGAACACGCUUCUGGGUCGGAGGAGGAAGCAGAUGUGGACGAGACAGUCGAGGAGGAGCAGCAGGAGGAUGAGGAGGUAGAAGAAGAUGAAGAGGGUGAAGAGGAAGAAGAAGGUGCAGAAGAGCAGUUGACAGAAGACCCUAUCGAGGCGAGAGAGAGCGAGGCGUCGGACGAGGGCAUGGAAGAUGGUGAUGAAAGCGACUGAGUGACCGAGCGACACAAUACAGAGGCGCAUGACUGGACAACGUCUUUGAACUGCAUGGAACGGCGUUGGGUCAGGACUAAGGCCAAGGCUAUGAUAAAGGACUUUGGAAUCCAAGAAGGUCUCAACACCAAUCAUGAGGUUCAUCACCGGCAUGAUCAAUACGAUCAGUCUGAUCAAUA